UCAAUACAAACAAGACUCCUCGGAAACGUGGGGCUGUUUACAUGCACGUCGUUUUCAAUGAACUACAGAUUUCCUGAGGACAGACCGGAAGUCAUGAUGCACCGGAAUGGUUUGAGAGGACUCCACUGAAAGCUGAAGUGAUGUCUCUGACUUCACUGCUGCGGAUGAGGCUCAGCAGCAGAUGCAGCGCAAAUCAGAUACUUCAAAUAAGAGCUCUAUCAGGAGCCGAUGCUGUUAAUGCGCUCCGGCCCUUUUACUUUGUGGUACACCCUGACUUCUUUGGCCAGCAUCCGAAAGAGAGGGAGGUGAAUGAAAACUCUCUCAAAAGAUUAAAUGGCUAUUUGGAGAGUCUUCAAAAGCCAGGCUUUAUGUCUGUCAAGCCUACAAAACUCACUUUUUAUCUCCGGGACAUAAGGGAGGAAACCGAGAGCAACAAUGGCGUGCAGCAUUCUGGAUUCCGUUUGGUGACUUUCACUCUGCAGGCUAAAGAUGUCCUGUGUGCAGUUGUGGAUGUUUUGAAGUCCUGUAGCUUGUCAGUGGAACACAUGCAGGGACUCACUGCCAAAAGCCAAAACUCAGCACAGCAAGGUGGAAUUCCUUUCUAUCGUCCAAUUAAAUGGGAUAAGACGUACUACACGUUCACAGGUUUCCGAGACCCAGAGCAGGAGCUGGAGCAGGCAAAGAAAGUGGAACCCACACUCAGCCUGUGGCUGAGGAACAAUCAACGAGAGGCCAGUAAGAAGCAGAAAGCCAGCGUUCCCAGACGAGCCGAGCUGAAGAGACUGAAGAGAGAGCUUAUUGAAAAACUGGGCCUGCUUGAUAUCAGGUGGCAGCGCAAAUGGGGCAUUGCACACAGAUGCUGUCAGAUGCAGAGUUUGAGCCGCCUCUCUUUACAGAACCCAGAGGCCAUGCCUAACCUCAGAGGGCACACAAUAGUCUUUACUGACCAGUCAGGAAUGAAUGCCUCAGGCCAUGUGAUGCUGGGGACAAUGGAUGUGCAUCAUGAGUGGACAAAGCUCUUCGAGAGGUUGCCCAGUUACAGCAGUCUGUUGCAGCAGACAGAGUGGCUAAAGGAUAGGAUCAGUUUCCUGUUAGGAGGGAUCCAGGUGAUCCAUAUGGAGCGUGUGGGUCUGGUAUUGCCUCUGGAAGACCACUAUAGCACCCUCAGCACCUUUCACGAGAGACUGCUGCCUCACAGACUCGCCCUCCACCCUCGCAGCCUACAGGGACUCGCCAUGACCCUAGAAAAUGACCGUACUAGCCCUAGCCUCCAUGAGAUGGGCCACUUCAUCGUCCCCACCAUAUGUGAUCCUGUUCACCUACAGAACUUCCUUCAGAGUAACGCCCCUGAGGCCCGCAGACGUCUGCAGCGCAAGGAGCAGUUAGAGGCUGAGGAGGAGGAUGUGGUGUCCAUUUGCGUGCAGGAUCUGUCUCUGUGGAGUCUGUCCAAAGAGCCCAGUGUCUCCAGCAGUCAGAUGAUCCCAUGCUGCAGGCGUUUGAUCGAGGAGAGGUCUCCUUAUAUGAAGGGCCUGCACCUCUGUGUCUCACACUUCUACUCUGUCAUGCAGGAUGGUGAUCUGUGUAUACCUUGGGAUUGGAAGGGUUGACACACUCUCACAGAUGUUCAAAUACAAGCACUGUGUGUUUGCUCAUGUAGGUAUGCAGGCUUGCGGUGAAGCUGUGGCUUAUAUGUAGUAUGUUCUUGAAUGCACUUUGGUUUUGUGAUGCAAGCAGAUGGAUGGUCUGCUCGUAAAGCCAAGAGAAUUUGUGAAAGGAGCUUGUGUGGAUUGUUUCAGGAUGUCGUUUAUUUGUACUCUAAAUGUGAGCACUUGAGGAGUAGUUUCAUUUCAGUUUGCUGCAUGUGUAGGCCAUGAGCCAAAGGUUCAGUCAGGAUGCUUCGUGUCAGAGUGACCGUUUCAGUUGAAAUGCAGAAUCUGAAAGCAACCAUGACAACGUUGUUAUUGUGGCUGUCGGCCACAUAAUUCCUGGAAUUAAUGUAUGUUACCAUGGAGUUUACCUUUUAAAAGGCAAUUAGUAUUAAGAGUCUCUUUCUUGAGUACUCUGAUUAACGCUGUAUAACUCAACAAGUAAGUGCCAGAGGAGAUAAGGAAUAAGCUUUGCAGUACUGGCAAUCUACACUGCCUGAACGAGUUACUGUCUAUGUGAUGCAUCUAAGGUCCAGUAGAUGGCGCUCCUCUACAGAGUUAAAAAUCCACUGGACAUGUACCCAAAAAAAAAUCCAUUCCACUACAUUAUCAAUAAUUUGUCCUCAUAACUCAGUUUUACAUUUCAUGUAAUAUUCUAUAACAUUGAAUUAAGAUUAUAAAUGGUUAUUACUGUGUUAAAUAUCUGACUACAAGAUUUAACACUCUCAUACUUGUAAAGAUUUUUUUUGGGGGGGGGGAGGUUUUUGGUCUCAAGGCCACUUUUGAAGGUCUCUGUAUCGUCUCAGAAUUUUUACUCGGUCUUGUCUUGGACAUAAGACUCGGGAUUUUAUUUCAAGUCUGGUCAAAACCACAACUAUGGGGAUUUCACUAAAUUGUCUAUGCAUUGUCUGAUUUAUUCGUUAACAUCAUUACUGUGAUUGGAUGGAAAACUUCCUGCUUCAAAUGCGACCAAUAACAUGAUUCAUUGCUAAUUUUGAAAUUUUUCUUCCUGUUAACAGCUGUCACCCCUCCCCCCCCUUCACACACACUGGUCUGGUCCUGCUCUUUGACUCGGUCUCGCCCUGUCUUGGUCUUUGUCUCGAUACACUUAACUACAACACUACUUAAAUCUAUUCUCUUUAUCUUUCUGUAGGAACACUUAUGUGAGUGCCUAUUUUAAGUGAGUGUGUCUCCUAGUUAAAUAUGCACAUACACUAUGUGGACACCUGACCUUCACAACCAUAUGUUGGUCGUCUCCACACUGUUGCCACGUGAUUGGUUGUAUUCAGUCAUGUGACUUUUGCUUAUGAGUUUACUUCCAGUGAAUGAAGUGGUGGUCAGGCAAACCGAUUCGGCCGCCGUUAUGUAAAGAGCUAGUGAAACUGUGUCUGACUAUUUUCGCAGUUUAGAGGCUAAUGCACAGUCAAGAUACCUUGAGAAAGUUGCUUUUCAUAAUGAGAGAGAUUAAGAAAGAAGGAUUUUUUUCCUAUGAUUUGAAAAAACUAUCCAGCUGCUGAGUUCCCCGACAUCUCAAACUACCUGGUGCUGCAGACAUCGUUCUACAUGGAAAAACGGAUGAAAAUCUGGAAGAGCAUGGAGGUGUACAACUUAUGUGGUUGCGUUAAAGAUCUGUGGAUCAAGACACUACAAGAUAAAUCCUGUAUUGUUUAUGCCUGGGUAAAUAGGCAUUUAUGGGCUUUCUGUAUGCAUCUUUGUAAUGACUGCUAGGACACAAGUUUUAGUAUCGGGUGUAAACAAACUACAGCUGCUCAAUUCUCGAUCCUCCCUGCUCUUCUCUUUCAGAUAAAUCAUUCACAAAGAAACCCCUUUAAACACCUGGGUAUUAGUGUAUUCUAUGAAACAGGACAGAGAAGUUAUCAUGGCUCGCUGUAACUGCAUGGUCAGGAAAAUAGUUUCGUGCUGUUAACUUGUGAGCUCUGCUUUUGUUUACAUAGAUCAUCGCAAUUACCUUAUCUGUCUAGUUCGGAGUAGGAGCCCAAGCUACAUCAUCGUGCUUGUAAACAUUCCUAGGACAUCCUGAUAAAGUGAAAACAUGCAUUAGUUUACAAUAUGUCGACCGUGAUCAAACAGUAAACAAAAACACUUGAUCUAAACUUCAGAACAUCAUGAAAUAACAGAAAAUGGCAAGAAAAAUCUUCUGCGAAUCCAAACGAAAUAAAUCGGAGGAAUUAACAAACCUUUCACAAAGUAAUUACGGCAACCUUGUGUGUUCUUUGACUCGGCUCCCUUCAAUCGCAGUGAAAGGUUCAAAAGCCACCUUUCUCAUCGUCUUUUGGUAAAAUCCUUUGCUUGUUCGCCCUUUGUCACUUCACAGGGAACCCGGGAAAAACUUUUUUUCAGUUUCACGCUUUGUUCGAUUCAAGCGGCCCGAAACACGCUAGCGCAGGGCAUUUUCACGACUAGCAAGACACCUCAGCGACAGUAACGGUUUAUGAACAGUGAGCUCAGUUGACCACCACUUCACGUCUUGCGUAUCUAAUGAGGCAGAUGUAACGUCAGAUCCAACCCACCUGUUGUCUAGAAUGUCUUUGUAUGCUGUAGCCUUAAGAUUUCUCUUCACUGGAACAUGACCGUGCCCCUGUGCACAAAGCAAGGUCCAUAAAGGCAUUGUUUGAGUGGAAGAAUUUGAGUGGCCUGUACAGAGCCCUGAACUCAACCCCGCUGAACACCUUUUGAGAUGAACUGGAAUGCAGACUGUAUGCUGGACCUGCUCACCGGACAUCAGUACCUGGCCUCAGUAAUGCUCUCACAGCCACACUU